AUGGUUGAGUCGUUCGAGAACCUGAGGGGCAAUUCUUCCUCGGACACGCCCCCGCCACUUCGCCGUGCUCGAGUCGCCUGUAAAGCCUGCAACGCUAGGCGAGUGAAAUGCGAUGCAGGCAACGGACAGCCCUGUUGGCAUUGUCGCAUCAGGCAGAUACCUUGCGAGCUCAUUGAGUCUAAACGGGGAAAGUAUGCUCGGAAAGCUCGUCUAGCGCGAAACCCACGCAUCUCUCGGCCGUCCCAAGAUGUCGAUAUGCUUGCUCAGACAAUACAGACACCUCCCGAUACCGUGGGUGUUGACGCUAUUCAAGACGAUCGAGAUGAAGGCUCUGAAAGACGAUCCACCGACCAAACCCAAACUGGCCGGGCACAACCGGACCCCUGCAGUCUGUCCUACAUUAUCGAAAUGGUGUAUCGCCCUGAGGGUGGUUCUGCCGAACCAUUGAAAGUCCAUUAUCCCAUCCCAGCCUCUAUCGCAGAUCGACCAGCUCCUUCUCAUCAGCCCGAGCUGGUCUCAUGGCAAGAUGCACUCACGCUGCCAGAGCGACAUGUAGCUGAUAAGCUUGUUCAUGCCUUCUUCGACAUCAUUCACCCGGCAUAUCCAGUAUUCGAUCGACGGAACUUCACCGAAUUGUACCUCCAGAGUCAGGUCUCUCCAUUAGUCUUACAGACCAUCUUCCUUCUAGGCUUCACAGUGGGCAGCGAUACCCUUGUCCAUGAGGCUGGUUACAGGGACCGAGAAACUGCAAGGAAGACGCAUUACCUCCGUGCAAAGACAUUGUAUGAUGCCGACUACGAAACUAAUGCCACGAUCGUCGCGGCGGUUCUGUUCCUUCUUGGCUUUUGGUGGGCUGGUCCUGAGGAUCAGAAAGACUCGUGCUUUUGGAUUGGAUGUGCGACAACUGUUGCCCAGUCUGUGGGAAUGCAUCGAUCCACAUCACAUUGUAUAACGAGUCAACCAGCCAGGUCCUUGCGGAAGCGAAUCUGGUGGUCGAUAUAUACCCGUGAUCGACAUACAUCUGCAGCCUUUGGUCGACCGUUUCGUAUCCGGGAUGAAGACUGCGACGUUGAACCACUUACUGUGGACGAUUUCAACUUUGACAACGACUACGACCAAACACUCAUACCCGUGCAGAAAGACUUUCAUACAUCAUACGUCAUCGAAAUGUCGAAACUGGCGAGAAUACUCGGAGAUAUCCUCGUCGGUGAAUUUAGUCCUCGCCGUCCUGUACUAGAACGAUUCGAUACAGCAGCACUGGCAGGCCAACUCACACAAUGGGAGUCGCAGUUGCCAAGCAAUUUACGGCGAGCACCACUCGAUGAGUCUCUGGGUGCUCCAUUCUGGGCCAGCAUGCUGCAUUUUUCCUACCAUUACUGCCAGAUUCUUCUCUUCCGACCCAAGGUAAUCCAGAAUUUGUCUUCAGCAGAGGCUGAAAGGGAUGUACGGGCACGUAAAGCUGCGGACUUGAUCACCCGUAUUGCGGAGGACCUUUUGGCUGGAGAUUUGAUCCGGUUUGGGCAAAUUCAUCUUGUCCCGGCUCUGUUUGGUGCACUGUCGAUUCACACCAUCGUCAUCUGUCGAAAUGACCACAUCCGUCGCCAGCUCGCCGAGAACAAGUCACGGCAAUGCGUGCUGGCGUUAAGUGAGCUGGCCAAAUCGUGGCCAGUCAAGAUCUGGAUUGCAAAGGCAUUUGUCAAUUUGAUGAGAAGACUAACGGGGCAAGGAUCCGCAGGUGGAUCGAUCGUCAAUGUGUCGUCCAGCAUCACAACUGAUCAUAAUAGCGUGCCGUCGUCAGGCCACUGGGGGUUAUUGGGACUUCAGUAUACAACUGGUAGUGGGAACAUUGCUACCCAAAUAAACGACAGAGAUCAAACUGCCCAUAAUAGUCUUGGGGCAAGCAUACAACACACCAACCUCAACGCGUGCCAGCCUCGAAGUCUUCAUCCAUCCGACUAUCUUUUACCUGCCACCGACCAGCUUCUCAGUGACUCUUUCUGGGCUGGUAGUCUCGAUAAUGCCAUUGAUCUUGAUCUACUUUUGCAUAACGGUCUCGGAUCAAUUCUAUCCACGCCUUAUGAAGGAUUAAACGCAGUCGAUAACCCGAAUCCUCAAAAUCUCUAG